GCAGUAAAAGACCACAUGAAAAGUGGAGCUGGACACACCUCAACCAGUUUGGAGCAGCUGCCUGCGAGGACAUACAUAACAGUCAUUUUAACUGCUCUUCAGCUCAUUUAAAGAGAUGGGAAUAAUUGAUGAUAUUAAGGACACAUUGUCCAAGGCUGUGUUUUCUCCUUCUACUCUGUUAUCCGGCCGAGGCGGGCUGCACAUGGCCCAGAUCAUUCUUUCUGUGGUUACCUUUGUCUUGGGUGCCUUCAGAGGAGGGAGCACCCAUACCUACUGGAACUAUGCUAUGUUCACCUGGGCCUUCUGCCCCAUCAUGACCCUCAUCAUCACCAUUAUUGAGAUGUUUAAGCUCGAUGUAAUACUCAAUUUGUUUUGCAUGGACUGGGCUGACUUCACCACUGGGAUGGCCAUGUCCUCUACGCUCAUGACCGUCUCUGUCGCUAUCACUUAUGCCAACUUCUAUGCCUGCCUGAAAUGGCUAUGCCUGUACGGCUGGAUAGUGAGUAUAUUUGCUUUCUUGUGCGCCUUUGUCUACACGCUUGAAGUGGUGAAGGACAAAUUCCUGGACAAGAAGAAAGGGAGCUACCUUUCUGCUCUGCCUGGAUUCUGGAAGGUCAUGGAGGCCUUUGUGAGCUGCAUGAUUUUUAUCUCACUGACUGGUUACAGAGACAAGCCCGCUCUGAUCUUGUGUAUUAUAGCAUAUGCCAUUCCUUUCCCCAUCCUCCCUCUAAUCAUAGCCACCAACAUCCUCAAGAAACUGAAGAAGUGUUUGCCCUUUAACCUGGAUAGGUUUGUGUUUAUAUUUCUGGUGAUCUCUGUUGUGCUGUACAUAUUUGCUGCUAUUAUGUGGCCCAUUUUUAUGUUCAGAAACAACCCUCGACCCAAAGACUGUCCACCCAGCUUCUGUAUCUGGGCCAUAGAGUUUAUGGUUGCAUUUUUUACCUAUGUGAAUCUCAUUCUUUUCACACUGGACCUCAUUUUUACCCUGCUUGGUAUCUGUGACUUUAAGCGCACAUAGUGGUGACUUCACUCCUAUCGUCCUAUCAUCUUUUUUUAGUUCUUGUACUUGUUAAUCUGACCCAUACAGAUAAAAAAAAAUGGUAAAUGCUGCUCAACAUAAAAAAAAGUGUGUAUGUGAGUUAAGUUUUCUAGCUAAUUAGAGGUUUACUUUAUUAGAGGUUUUAAAUUAUGCUUUUAAAGCCUAGUCUGAAGUGAGUGAACUGUGCCAUUUCUGCCCUCAAGUCACAUAUUCAAUAUUUGGGCGCAUGUAGCAGAGUGAACACAGUCUCUAUUGGAGCAGAAACAGCGCUGUGGCUGUACACCAAUCAUGUAUUGGGGCUUUAAACAUCCAUUUCUGAUCCCACUUAAAACGCCAGCCCUAAAAGGUAGUCUACAUUUUUGAAACUCAAUAAUUCAAACAUUAAUCUGUUUAUGUUUCAAUGUAAAGUUUAAUGUGUGGUGUAUAAUUAAAACGUGAAUUCAGCUCUAUUCAUUUGUUUUCCACUGUCUGUUUUCAUAUUUCUUAAUGUGCUGCCGUGAAAUAUGAACUGUAUAUGGCACUGCCAAUGAAUAUUUAAAGAUGUAAGCUGUGUUGCAUUACAUUUGAAAAUGAUAUAACACAUGA